UACACGAAAGAGUUCUGGCGCGAAUGGAGAUAAACAAAAAGUGAAAAACUAAGAAAAAUGUUUGAGAAAAGAGGACAUGACCACUCUAGUGACUUAUUGUCAAAGCCUCAGCAAACACAUACAAGAUUUGAAAGACAGUCGGGCAAAUUUUCAAAUUGUUCUGAAAGGUUUUUAUUGAAGGAUAGGACCUUUAACAGACAAUAUGCACAUCUUUAUGCUGAAAGGCUUUGGGAAGUUCGUCCAAAAGUUGAAAUUGCUGCUAGAAAAAAAUGGGGAAAGGAUAUUUGUAUAAGGAAAUUACACGAACUGCAGAGUGAUGAAACAUGUGUUGUCAUUGGGACUCUGUUCAAACACAUGGAACUGAAGCCAAGCAUUUUACAGGAAAUCAGUGAGGAGCAUAAUUUAAUGCCCCAGCCCGUGAGAACUAAGUUUGUGGAUGACUCAGACAAGCUGUACUUGGAGGAUGAGCUACAGAGAAUUAUCCUGGUGGGAGACCUGGACGUUCAGAGGGCCGUGACAGGUGUGAUCAUCGCUGUUUAUGGUAAAGAGCCAGAUGAUGAUCGUGGAAAGUUCCACGUGGAAAAAUACUGUUUCAGAAUGUUGAAAGAGCAGGUCCCCAGACCCAUCUUAGAAAAAGACAAGUAUUUGAUCCUGAUCUCAGGACUAGAGUUGGGCAGUAAGGAGGAACAGACCUUCACCCUGCAGCUCUUUGUCGACAUGGUAACGGGGAUGCUGGGUAAUAGCCAAGAACAAGGUCAUUGUUCGGAGAUUUCCAGAAUCGUCGUUGCUGGAAAUUCCUUGAGUUCUAGCACACAAGACAAGGACAGUUUGCAAAAGGCAAAAUAUCUUAGUAAGAAAUCAGCUGCUGGGAGCGUGGAAGCCAUAAAAAGUCUGGAUGAUGUCUUCACACAACUGGCAAGUUCAGUUGAUGUUGAUUUGAUGCCAGGGGAAUUCGACCCUGCCAAUUACACCCUACCCCAGCAGCCACUUCAUAAGUGUAUGUUUCCCCAGGCAUUACGCUAUCCCACCUUUCAGACUGUGACCAACCCUUAUGACUUCACAAUAGAAGGGGUUAGGGUACUUGGAACAUCUGGCCAACCGAUCCAGGAUAUCAUUAAAUACAGCACCAACGAGGAACCACUCGACAUCCUAGAGAAGAACUUGGAGUGGGGGCAUCUAGCACCCACUGCUCCAGACACACUCGGUUGUUAUCCCUUUUACAAAGAGGACCCCUUCAUCAUUGAAGAUUGUCCACACAUACUGUUCGCUGGAAACAUGACAAAGUUCGACUCCAAAAUGUUCAAAGGGCCUGGAGGACAGGAGGUUCUUUUGGUGAGUGUUCCUCGGUUCUCACAAACAGCUACAGCAGUGAUGGUCAAUCUCAAAACUCAGGACUGCCAUCCCAUUCAGUUCUCAGCCUCCUUUACAUCAUCAGAACCCAAUAGAUAGCAGUAGAACAUUUAGAUCUAUUUAUAUACAAA